AAAAAAAAGGCUGCAUUUGAGCUACCACAGAAGCAAAAUUGCGAAUCAUGAUGAGGCAUGCAGUUGUUGGCAGUAUGAUCUUAGUGAAGAAAAGGAUGAUGACGGAGGCGUGGAUGAUUCCUCAAAGUUGGAGGGAACUUUGGCAGGAAUGGGAGCUACGAGGAAUGAUCAUACUUAGCCUCACUAUCCAAAUAGUUCUUGUCAUUCUGGGCAAUCGCAGAAAGUAUAUUGCUGGAAUCUGGAUAAGAUUUAUUGUUUGGUCAGCCUACUUACUUGGUGACUCCAUAGCUGCAAUGGCGGCUGGCAUGCUCUCAAAUAAUAUAGGAGAAACUGACAAGGGUGGUCUUCUUGAUGCAAAGUAUGAACUCACAGCAUUUUGGGCACCUCUUAUGCUGUUGCACUUAGGUGGUACCGAUGCCAUUACUGCUUACUCCUUGGAAGACAAUGAGUUAUGGAAAAGGCAGUUGUUUGGAGUAGCCACUCAAGCAAUGGCGACAUUUUACAUCUUGCUUAUGGCCUGGACAGGCUCUCAUAUGUCCUUCCUCUUUAUUGUGAUGUUCUCUGUUGGGCUUGUCAAGUAUUGUGAAAGAGUGUGGGUUUUAUACUCGGCAAGUGAAAACACAUUUAGAGACUCCAUUCCGGAUAUCACCACUAAUGUAAUCAAAAUAAUGGAGGAAUGCAAACUGAAGGAGCUAGAGGGAUACCACAAGGUACUUGAGGUUCAAGUGCUUGAGGUUCAUGAACGGGAUUUUUCAACCGAUACUUCAUCAAUUAUAUCAUCCGUUCCUAACGCAAAAUAAUUACUUGUUGUUUGUAGUUUACUUGAGAUGGUUAAGCGCCUCUUUGCAGAUUUCAUACUUGGCUUACAGGAACGGGAUGUAAGCAGGGCAAUCUUCAACAACAAUGAUAUGACUGACAAAAAGGCUUUUGAGGUUAUUGAGAUUGAACUCAAGCUUAUAUUCGAUUUGCUUUACACCAAGGCAAAGGCAGUCUACACUUUUUGGGGCAUUGCUCGACGAAUCAUUGGAAUCCUUCUCACCUUGAUUGUAUUGGUGAUUAUUUUGUUGCAUGAGAUGGUGAUAUCAAAGAAAAAAUAC